GCGUGUUUACGUGUUCUGUGUAUUACAAUAAAUAGAAAGUUAUAACCGUUACGUUACGUGUCAUCGUCAUCUCACACUUCGUCUCCUUAACUUCGGACACCAUUCAGACUUAACACUGGCGCAAGAGCUUUGUCCCGAAUAGCGUUAUCGCUAUAAAGAUAGCAAGAGGAACGCGGCUUUCCAUGUGCAGCGGCGAGACCGCUGCGGAAGGAUACGUAGGUGGUUACCGAAGGACCUGGUGGGGUAUCAGGAGAACAGACGUUGCAGCACGAGAAUGGAAAGGAGAAAGGGAGAAAAGGAGAGCCCGGACAGACCGGGCCACAAGCGAAUGCGGUGAGUAAAUGCGGCAACAGGCAGAAGAGGGAAGUCCGGCAAAAUAGAGGGAGAAGGAACGAGACAGAGGAAAAGAGACUCAUGGUGGGGUUGGUACCAGCAACUGAAGCACGUGGGCCCCCCGCUUCGUGUGUCUCGUUCGGUAGUGCUCUCAGUAGUGCUCUCAGCUGCCCGUGAAGGAUCUCGGCACCGGAUGUCCGUCGAGCUUGUUGCGCGAAUUUGGCACAUCCGUCGCGGCAGGGGAGGAUGUGACGGCUCAUAAAGUCAUCACCAGGACACCGCGCGAUUGUCACAAGUACAAGACAAGGCUUCUGAAAGGCCCGACGAUGGCUUCGAAAUUACUGCUGGCCUGCUUGCUCGCCACGAUCACAGCGAGGUCCGCUCUGUCCUCGCCGGAGGAUCGGCUGUCCUCGCACAGCCGCGGAAUCGUUUGGCCGGUCUGGUAUCGCGACAGACUGCUUCACGCCAGGCACAGUCAUCAUCCGGAUGAUGAACGCAUUGUCCGCGAGACGACCACCGCGAGGAGUUCAUGGACGGUGGUGCGGCCGCAAGUAUCCGCGACGGGGCUGCCGCAACAGGCGAGCUCACCGCCGCGGCAUCACGUGGGGCAACGAACGCUGGAGCAUAAAUUCGGCGGUGCUGUGGCGAUGGCGGAAUACGGUAAUACCAGGGCAAUAGCGUACGCCGCUUACCACAGCAAUCAUCGGCAUCAGCCGAGAGACGCCGUCACGCAAAAUUAUCAGCUGGUCCCGACAACCACCCCCACGUACACCAGACAUCAUUCGGGGAGACGAGUAUGCACUAGGCAAGCUCCCGCAACUUCUCAUCAUCAUCGAGGACAAAUUAGAUUAGUGUACACUGAGUUGAGCUCCAAUUUCUUUUGCUGUCCGGGAUGGUCGCAAGUUACUCACCUGAGUUUUGGUUGUAACAGACCCACGUGUCCAGCACCAUGUUUGAAUGGUGGAAUUUGCACAUCGCCUGGCAAAUGCACGUGUCUCAAGGGAUACACUGGCUCACAGUGCCAGACAGACGUGGACGAGUGCGCGAUAGAAAAGCCAUGCGGGCAACUUUGCACAAACCUACCUGGCAGCUAUCGAUGUCACUGUAGAACCGGGUUUCAACUUCAGCAGGAUGGUCAAUCCUGUAGGAGGAAUGACACUGACGAGAACGCUUUUGAAGCCCGUGAUUUGGAGAGUGAUUUUCACGACGUAUCGACGACAAAGGAUCCAACGACUUCUCAUGAUACAGAAAACGAAGUGAGCGACGAUGAUCAAGACUACGAAGUCAUCUUAAAGAGACUGAUUAAACUAGAAAAACAAGUAGCUAAAAACAAGAAGAGAGAGACGGAAGCUUUCGAGAUGCACACCAAAGUCACAUUAGCGGUCGAGAGCGUCAACGAGAUGAAAAGAACUGUCGAGAACGUGCAAUUAAUGCAACGGGAAGUUUAUGAUAUGAGAAGCAAGAUGAAACACUAUGAGGCGGAGAUGAGGAAGAUACAACAUCUCAUGAAUCGCAUCGCGGAACUAGAAAAUCGUCUGAGAAUACGUUGUAGAUCAGCGUUAUCAAUAAAUAGUGGAUCGCUGACCUUUUAGCAUUGCUGGCGUAUCAUGCGCAAGCGAGAAGACUCAUAUUAUCAGUACUACUCGAUAAUGGAUAGUGGCAAUAUUGGCUACUAUUUUACUCAGUACUAGUAGUGAGUGGUAGUGUUACUACUACUGUUCUUUUACUUAGCAGAAGAUAGUAAUAAUAUUAUUUUUACUACAAAUUUUUUGUUUUAUCGGAUUAUCGUGGAGAUGAUUAUUGGUACUUUAGAAUCAGAGGUAUGUGCAUAUAGAAAAAAAUACUAUACAUUUGGAGAAGCAAAGCAUAUCUAUUUUCAAACCAUAGAAUUGCAUUAUUUUAACUCCACGAUGCUGAUGUAGUUUUUGCCAUAAGAUUCACGCAGAAUUAUUUUUGUCGUGAAUUAACACUGCCAUUUAGCAUUUAUUAUACCUUAUAUAGUCUAAGAGAAUAGUAGUAUAAUUUAAAUAUAUAUAAUUAUUUGUAUUCAACUUUAUAAUAAAACGAGGUAGAUUCUGCAUUUUGUAUUGUGCAUCCUGUUAUACUAAUUUAAAGAAAUGAAAAUGCCAAACAAUGCAUUAAAGUAAAUGUAACAUGGUCACUAUUUCUUUUUAUCAAAUUUUAUUUAUAAAAAGAUAACCAGUAAUCUUCAUAAUACUUACAAAAUGGAUAAGUAAUGGAAUAAUUAAUUUUGAAAUUUA